UAGAAGAGAAUCAAAAUGCGCUAUUUAUCACCAGCUCGUCGUCCGCGACGAAACGUCGAAACCUAGAUCUCGGGCACGUCUUGAUUUCCUACCACGUCGGAAGGCCAUUUCCCGACGAACUCGCCGGAAGAGGAUCAAAGGCCUCGUUCCUUCCCUCCUCUGAUAUUCUACCCUUUUCUUCGCAUUUCGCGCAGGGGCUUCUGCAUUCGGAAUCAGCCAUUUUUUCCAUUAUAGAGGAAAGGUUAUUCGGGGUCUUUCCGAGAUUGGAUUGCAUAGGAUUUUGAUCGGAAGAACAUAUUGCAGCUAUUGAUGAGUUGAUAAAGGCUGAUCCUAUCUGAGAGCUCGUUCCGAUGUAUGAUGGCUAUGAGAAGUGAUGUUCUUUUAGCCGCGUGCGCGGUUUUUUUCCUAGUAUUUGCCGUACCGAGGGGUUCGAGAGGAAGGCGAGCGGGCGAUGGAUUGUUCUUUGGAUCCGAGGAUACGAUGGUAACGGAUUUGUCAGAAUUGCAGAUGGAACAUGUAUGGUCAAAUUGCAUGCUUGAUUUGUUGGGAACAAAAUCAGUCAUGAUUGCUUCAGAUUUGCUAAUAAUAGAUAGCAUUAUGGAUUCUUCCACUGAACAUCUAUGGAAAGACAUGCAAGCGACCCUCGCUCACCUUACCCCUGACAUGAAGCGCUCUCUUAUUGACUGUCUGAUCAAGCAAAAUAUCCUUCCUGUUUUUCCAGAUAUCAGCCUAAUGCACAGGCCUCCUACACAUUUUUUAAGAAUGCUCGAGCAAGAUUCUCUUUCAAGAAAACCCUCUGACCCAUCUCCAGCUCCAACUUUAAGACCAAGUCAUCAAAUCCAAACUCGAAGCACAGCUCUAGCUCCAGUCUUAGCUCUACCUCCAGCCCCAACCCCAGCUAUCGGAUUUAAACGGCUUGCUCCUGUUCUGUCAUUACCUCCGAAUAAACUCCACUUGCCUGAAGAUGAUCAUGGGGAUUUUUCUCAAACUUCAUCAUCAGAUGACUUCCUUGUGCCCGAAGUUCAUCCAAUACCUCAUCUUUCUGCUGCAAGCAACAGUUUUCAAACAAUUAUUAUUGCAGUGGUUGUAACUGCAGCAGCUACUUUUACACUUGCUGCAUUAUGCUUUUGUUGCUGUAAUAGAUAUGCUGGAAGCAAGUAUCAGACUGUCAAUGGGCAAAAGGAUGAGAGACCAAUUUUGUCCUUAAGCCUUAGUGACUUCUCUAGUUCUUCGCAGAAUUCUUUUGGUUUGUACAGAGAUAAGUUUGGUUCAUCUUUUAAAGCUGACCCGAACCAAAGUGCUACCUUAUCUGAUGGGCAUUCUGUAGCUUCAAGUUCAAGUGAGCUUACAAAUGCACCUCUCAAUCCUUCUCCGGUAGGAGUACCGCCUCCACCACCUCUCAAGCCACCUCCUGGAAGAACUUCUGUGCCUCCUCCUGCCCCGCCGCCUCCGCUUCCUAAACCAAAGCCUGCUCCUCUCCCUCCCAAAGGAGGGCCGCCACUGCCGCCAAAAGGCUCUUCCUGUCUUCCACAAGAAAAUUCAAGUUCUUAUGCAAAUUCGUAUCCGAUGCAAAAUGAUUCUUCAAAAGAAAAUGUUGAUACUGACAGUGCCAAGACCAAGUUGAAGCCAUUCUUUUGGGAUAAGGUCAUGGCCAACCCUGAUCAAUCCAUGGUCUGGCAUCAGCUUAAAGCUGGAUCAUUCCAGUUUAAUGAGGAGAUGAUAGAAACUUUGUUUGGGUACAAUGUUGCUGAUAAGAGCAGGAAUGAUUCUAAAAGGGAUUUUGGAAAUGAUUCUUCUGGUCAACGCAUACAGAUUCUUGAGCAGAAGAAAUCACAGAAUUUGGCCAUCUCUUUAAAGGCACAUAAUGUAAAAGUAGAAGAAGUUUGUGAUGCAUUAAUGGAAGGAAACGAGCUUCCAAUAGAGCUACUACAAACAUUGUUGAGAAUGGCACCAACCUCGGAUGAGGAGCUUAUACCUAAAUCUAUUCCUUUUCAAAAAAAAAAAAAAUGCUUUAAGCUCUUACAUGGUGUAUUUUUAUUGGUCUCCAGACGGCGUUCGGUAUCCGCACAGAAUAAUUUUUCCUCUAAUGAUCCUAUUAUUAUUGCACUUCUCUAUACAAUCAGUUUAUCACAUCCUUCCAUUUUCAAUUGUAGCAGCAAGCCCCUACAUACUAUAAACUUUUUAUCUUCUCUUAUUUUGUAAUAGGAAGCCUGCAAUGAUCUCCAAAACAGUCGUUUAUUUUUAAAAUUGUUGGAAGCUGUUCUCAAAACUGGGAACCGCAUGAAUGAUGGUACAUACCGUGGAGGAGCAGAGGCAUUCAAGCUUGACACACUUUUGAAACUUUCAGACGUUAAAGGCGCCGAUGGAAAGACCACACUACUACAUUUUGUUGUUCAAGAGAUCAUCCGGUCCGAAGGCAGGCGUGCUGUGCAAAUAGCAAGAGAUAGUAGGAGUAACUCCAGCAUUACAAUUUCUAGCUUUAACUCUGUCGACUUCAGCGACGAAAUUCCUGAAGAAUCUGAAGAUCAGUACCGAAAUCUUGGUCUCAGGGCUGUUUCAAGCCUCAGCUAUGAACUUGAGAAUGUCAAGAAAGCUGCAGCACUGGACGCCGAUGCUUUAACGAGCUCAGUUGUAAGUCUUAGCAAUAGAUUAGCGAAGACAAAAGAGUUCUUAAACGCUGAUAUGAGUAACUUGGAUGAGAAAAGUGCUUUUCAUGAUUCUUUGAAAGCAUUUGUUGAGCAUGCUGAGGCUGAUAUCACUCAACUUUUGGAGGAAGAAAAGAGAAUAAGAACAUUAGUAAAGCUUACCACUGACUAUUUCCAUGGGAAUGCUGGAAGAGACGAGGGGUUGAGAUUGUUUGUCACAGUGAGGGAUUUCCUUGAGGUUUUGGAUAAGGCCUGCAAAGAAGUCAGAGAAGCACAGAGGAAAGUGACGAGUACAUCAAGAAGCAAGGAUAAUACAAUACUGAAAUCAAUGUCGGAAGCCCGGCAGUCGAUAUUUCCUGCAAUCAAAGACCGGCGCUUGGAGGAUUUCAGCUCUGAUGAUGAUGAGAAUCUUAAUUAAUUGUUAAAAUCAAAUAAGCAGAUUAUUUAUUUCACAAAGUGUUCUCACCCUUACUGUUGUAAAUUGUGAUAAUCUGAAAUCACCUAACUUGAUGAUUCAUCGUUGUCUUUUUUUUAUUA